UUGCAACUUGCUAAAUCAACGCCGAGUUAUGUUUUGAAUAUGAUGAAAUCUAAUUCAAAUAAAAUAAUGUUAUGAUGCUGAUAAAAUCAAACAGUUCAGAAGAUUUUUUUUAUUCCAAUUAAUUAUCUCAAUAUUUACUUAAUCCAGAGUAUUGUAAAAUUGAAGAAAAAUUAUCAAAAUGACUGAAGAACUGAAAGGAACUUGCUUUGCUAUGUGUCCAGAAAAGGAACGAAUUUCGAGAGAAAGAGAAAAUCUUCUCAACAUACUAGAGGUAGAUGAAAAAACGAAAAACAAAAAACACAAGAAAGCUGAUCCUUCUAAAACUGUAAAAUGCUAUAAAAGAUCUAGUGCAGGAUUAACAAUGAAUGAUCCUAGUGAGCUUAGACCAGGACCAGUUCUCCAUUUUACCGUUAGAUAUUUACUAACUCGAGUCAUUAUGAGGAAAGAUGUAAAUUGGACUGUAAUAUACGAAUUUAUUUUUGAUCGAUUACGAGCUGUUAGACAAGAUAUGGUGAUCCAAAGACUUGAUGUAGUCACAUGCAUUAGGAUAUUGAAUCCAAUAGUCAAAUUUCAUAUUUAUGCAGCAGAAAGAAUGCGUGAUAAGAGUCUGAAAGAGUAUGUUCCAAAAUUUAAUGAUCAACAUUUAGUUGAAUGCAUUAAACAACUAUUAGUCAUGUAUGAUAAUCGAGAUUUCGAGUUAACAGAAGAAUAUUCCACUGAUUCUGAUAAAUUGGUAGAAGUUCCUGUUGAUAAAAAUAGAAUAGAAAUUGAGGCAUUAUAUAUUUUGCUUUAUUUAGGCAAUUUUACUUCUAUCACGAGAGGAUUAUCAUUGCCUUCUAAAUACAGAGAAUCUUCAGAUAUAAAAAAGGCGUUAAAUAUAUCACGAGCAUGGUACUUAAAAAAUUAUGUACGAGUAUGUCGUGAAAUCUCUCAGUUGUCAGGAUUGUUUUUAAUGGCUGCUCUAAACAAUCUACAAGUUAUUAGAAGGGACACUUGGGCAAUUAUGUCUGCUGGAUAUAAGAGUAAAAAUCUUACAUUUCCUGGAGAGAAACUCCAAAGUAUAUUACUCUACAAAAAUAUGUCAAAGGUUGCUGAAGACUGCAAUACAUUUGGAAUAAAAUUAAAUGGUGGCAAUAUCCAUUUUGAUAAAAUUAUAUGCAAUCAUGGAAAAGUAGCAAAUCCAGAAAAAUUGAUCAAUGAUAUUGAACUUAGUGAUCUUUUGCCAGAUAUUAUUAUAUAGUCUAAUUUAAUGAAGUGCAUUGAUUACAGAAGUUAAAAAGAAAGAGAUGAGUAACUAUUCACCAAAUAAUUUUACUGUCUCAUUGUGAAUCACUAGAUGAACUACUCGAUGAAUCAGUCGACAUAACUUCUACAUCUUCAUUUUCUUGUUUAUGAGUAUUAAUUGCUACACUUCCUUGUCCACCCAUUGUCAUAUUGAUCUCACCAGAAGGAUGCCAUGCAAAUUGAUUUGUCAAAGAUGCUGGCGGUUCUGCAAUAUUAAGUAUAUUUAAAAAUAUAUUAUAUGAAUGAAGAUCUAUGUAUAGAUUUUUAAAAUAAAAAUUUAAUUACCUGGAUGUCCAGGCCUAUGUAAAUCGGAUGUAA